AUGUCCUUUAAUUUCUCGGGAUUUGCCGACAACUUAAAGUCUUUCGGCGACAAAAUCUCCAAUGACUUCAACAAAGAAGUGCUUCCCUUCGCCCAAAGAACGACUCGUCUUGUUCAAGAAAGAAUCGGCAAAGUAAACAUUGACGAAAUCAGCCAAUUGCCCUCGGAGUACACUGAGUUGGCCACCAAGUGUAACAAUGUCGAGAAGCUCUACAAGAACAUUUUGAAGGUCACUCAAAACUACGAAAACGAGUCCUACGAUUAUCCAUUGAACUUACAAGAAUCCUUCACCGACUUAGGAAAGAACAUCACCAACAGAGUGUCGAACCUUUCCAAGGCUACCAACACCGCUGAGGCUCAAGCCGCUUUGGUGAAUCCUAUCGAUGGCGACUUCAAGCCUCCUAAGACGAUGUACCAUGCUCUUGCCAGAGCCACCAAUGGAUCAGUUUUAACUCUGAGCGACAAAUCUGACGACCCAUUGGUCAAAGCUUUGGACUUGUACUCGUCCAACAUGAACAAGAUUGCCAAUGCCAGAUUGGGCCAGGAUCAAUUGAUCAAAUCUAAGUUCAACAAACCCUUAUCUACUACCUUGAGAUCGCUCCUUGCACAGAGCUCCUCCAUCCAGAAAAAGGUCGAGGAUAAGAGAAUUGAUUACGAUGUUGCACGCCAAACACUUACAAACUGUUCCAACCCUGCCAAGGAGCCCCAAUUGAGAGUGGCCAUGGAGAACGCUGAAGACGAGUUUGCCAAUACCGUCGAAGACGCCCUCUCGGUGAUGCAGAAUGUGUUGGAACAAGCCAAGCCUCUUGAAGAGCUCUUGGAAUUGACCAAGGCCCAAUUGGCAUAUCACAAGUUGGCCGGCGAAUUAUUGGGCAGCAUGGUCGGUGACCUAGAGGGCUUGAUUACCGAUAACUCUAGAGCCCAGAGCAGCAAGGGCGCAGACGGCUCCAAUUCUGAAGGCGGAGACUUCGGUAUAUAA